AUGCCUUUAGAAGGACAAAAAAUCGCAAAUCCUGGUCCACUUGGCCUCAGUGCUUUCGCACUUACAACAUUCGUCUUGUCACUUUAUAAUGUGAACGCUGGAGGUGUGACACAUCCAAAUAUAGUUGUUGGUCUUGCUCUUUUCUACGGUGGUCUCGUGCAACUGUUAGCAGGAAUGUGGGAAUUCAAAACUGGCAAUACUUUUGGUGCUACCGCUUUCUCUUCAUAUGGUGGCUUCUGGCUAUCUUACGCUGCUAUUCUUAUACCGGGUUUCAAUGCUGUUGGUUCUUUCAGCGGUGAUAAAACACAAUUAGAAAACGCGCUCGGGAUCUAUCUUCUCGGCUGGACAAUUUUUACUUUUCUAUUAUUCUUGGCAACUUUCCGCUUAAACGGCGGAUUAGUCGCUUUAUUCUUUUGUUUAACAACUACUUUUCUUUUGCUGGCUCUUGCUAAAUUUGCCGAAAGUGAAAAUGUGGAAAAAGCUGGUGGAGUCUUUGGUAUAAUUACAGCGUUCAUUGCUUGGUAUGUCGCUUUAUCAGGUCUAUUGACCCAGGACACUGCAUACUUCACACUGCCACUAUAUGAUUUGGGUAGAAAAGCAAAAUAA